AUGAAUGUUAGAAUGAGAUUAAUAAAGGUAUCCAAUUUAUAUUAUUAUAGAUUUUACCAUUAUUAUAUAAAAAAAUAGAUAGUGAUGAUUUAAUUAUCUUAAAUAUGUUUAAUGAAGCAGUAUAAGAUUGUAUUUAAAAUGGAUCUCGUUCUUUUUAAUUUAUGAUUCAGUAAACAAAAGAGGAAUUAUUGAAGCCAAAUGAUGAAAAUAUAUUGAAUAAGAAAGAUUAAGAAAUGAUGGAAAAAGAAGAAAUAAUAUUUAAAUAGGAUUAAAAAUAAAGAUAAUUAUUAUUGGAUUAAGAGAGAGAUGAUUUGGAAAUUAAUAAAAUAGAUUUAAAUGAUUACUUGAAUAAAUACAAAAAAAAAUAUCCAUUAAGUAAAAUUAAGAGUACCAAUUAAAGUUAAACUAAUUUAUUCAAAAAAUAAUAAAUUUAAAAUGGAGUUUCUACCUUAAUAAUUAAGAAAUCAGUUGAUCUUGAUACCAGUAAGAGUCCAUUAAUAGAAAGUUCUUAAAUUAUUAAAAAACCUGUUUUGAAAUCUAAAACUCCUACUGCAAAGAGUAUUUGUGAUAUUAAAAAGUAAUUUAAGCUUCCAAGUAUCAAAAAAUGAAAUAUAUAUAUAUAUUUAAAAUAUAUGAAAUUACAAACAAGUAGUAGUUAAGAAUAUUUAAGUUCUAGACCAUAUGAAACAAAAUAAUCAAAGAAUAUAUUCACUAUUAAUGAUUCUAGAUAUAAACAUAUUAAAAACUUAGAAAAAAAGAACAAAUAGUUAACAAAUAAAUUAGUUGAUCUAUAAACUGAUUUAGAAUAAAUAGAUGAAUUCAAAAUAGCUAUAUCAUUAGAUAGACCUCCUAUGAAAAGUGCAAGAGCUUUAUUUUUUAGCACAAAUGAUGUAAAGAAGGGGAAGUUACAAUUAGAACCUUAAGAACUUAAUGAUGAUUUUCAUCAAAGAAGAAUUGAGAUUAUGAAGGCACAAUUAUUAAAAUAAUAAAGGUAUAUUAAACGACUUACUACUAUUUUACAAACUACCAGAAAAUUCUAUGAAGAUCUUAGAGAAUAUAUGGUAUAUAAUCAAGAAUCAUAUAUUAUAGUAAUAUUUUUCUUCAGUUUUGAGGUAAUCUGCAUAAGGAAAUGAUUACUAUAUAGUUGACCAAAAGGAGACUAUAGUAUCUUAAUAAAUGAUAUAGUCUCCAACUAAUAAGGAAGUAAUAAAUUAAAAUGAAGAAUUAAAACAAUAAAAAAAUUAGAUUUAAAAAAAGGUUUAAUUUACUCUUGAUGAUUCUUUUGAUAAGUAAUAAGCUUAAAGUAAGAUACAGAGAAUCACAAAAGAUAAAGAAUUUAUGGAAGUGGCAGAAAAAUAACAAUAAUAUAUUUCAUUAAAAAAUUUGUUAUAAUAAUUCAAAAGUAAUGAAGAUAGAGAAAAUUUUAUAUCAACAUUCACAUUAGCAUAUUAAAAGAUUAUUGAUUUUGAGAGAGGCAAUCAAGAUUAUAGAAAUCUAUUAGAAGUAUAAUAAUAAGGAAAGAAUCGAAAAGUAUUUUAUAAACAUCCAAUGAGAUCUUUAAUUUAAAGAUAUGGUCAUUUCUUUCCUGUAAAGAGUAUUUAUACAGCAUUUCCUAUGAAAGAUAGAGAAAGAUUAGAUCAUUUUUUAAUAUCAUUAGAAGGGAUGAGUUCACAAAUAUAAAGAGAUUUAUAAAAAGUAGAUGCAUUUUGGUUAUUUAAAUCAAAUCCAUUCUUUUUUAAAUCAAAUGAUUAUCGAUAAUCUAUAGAAUUACCUGUUUAAAUAUUAGAAGAACCAUAAUUAUUUGAUGAAUUUUUAGCAGAACCUGAAAAACAUCGUGUUAUAAAUUUAGAUUAGAUGAUGUUAUCAAAUUUAGAAAAAGAUCUUUUAUAAUUAAUGGAUAAUUUGAUGGAGAUAUAAAAGAAAUUUUAGAAUGAAUGUAAUUAAUUAUCAUUUCUAUAAAAACCUUAAAUAUCUAAGAUUUCUGAUUAAUUAAGAAAAUCAUUAGAAAGUUUAGUUUGUUUAUCAAGUAUGAUUGGAAAUAACAAUUUAUAAACAAUAAAUAAAAUGUAUGUGAUUGGUUAAAAGGAUGCUUAUUUAUAUUCUCAUUAAAUUUUUAGUUAGAAUGAUUUUGAUUCUAAAUAUUAAAUGUUAGAAUUAUUAUUAAGUGAUCUUUGUUCAUUAGUAUAAGUAAAUGAAAUGAUAAUUGUAAAGAAAGCAUUAAUGAUGUUAAAAAGUAUAAAAAAUAUAUAUGAAAUAUAAAAAAUGAUCACAACUAUUCGUGAAUCUGAAAUAGUUCUAUUAAAAUAGAAACUUGAUUUAUUAUUAUAAGACUAUUCAGGUGUAAAUUCAUUUAUAAUAAAUGCAGAAUAGUAAGUAAAAGGAUUUUUCAAUUAAAUAGGUAAUAAAUUUACUUAAGUGAAUAAUGUUUGUAAUGUAUUUUUGGAAAGUGAAAAGAUUAUGGAUUAAUAAAGUAGAAAGUAAUUUGGAUAAAAUUUAAAGAAAUAACUUAAGGAUAUAACUGAUUAUAUUGCAGGUCUUACUUAAAUAGAAAGGAAUGAUAAUUCUAUAAAUAUAAAAUAAUUAUAAUAGGAAUUUGAUAAGAAAGUAAGUACAUUUUAUGUAAGAAGUGAAUAAUUACAAAGAAUGAAUGAAUAGAUAUCUAAGCGUUUACAAUGA